AUGGUGAAAAGAAUGAAAUACAUACCUGUAGUACAAUCCUGUCAGGAAAUAGAAGAUGGACGAUAUCUCUGUAAAAAUGAAGACAUCUCACACUAUACCAGAGAACUCUGCAUUGAACAACUCAUGUUAUUGAAAAACAACUAUAACGCCUGUAAACAACAAGAGGUCACAAUAGAGAAGGUGAAGAUACAAUCAAUAACGAAAAACCAAUGGAUGCUGUAUUCAGAAGAAGAUGUAAUCAUAACCGAAAGAUGCCAAGACGAAUUUAGAAAACAUUCACUCCAAGGAACUUACAUUUUAACACGCAACAGACAUUGUGAAAUACAAUUAGGCGAUACACUCAUAACGCCUGUCACCAACGCAUCGAACAUAGUGCUAAACCUACCAUUAAUCCAGUUACCAGCUCUAAACGUCGGGAAACACCAGGAAAAUCGGGACACUAAUUGGAAAACCAUUAAUUUAAAGAACGUGGAUUUGCGAGAUGUUAGUGAAGUGAUGAACAAUUUAAAAAAUUUUCAAAGACCAACUGAGUUGCCCUUAGAAAAUUCCUCUUUAGGGGAGGGAGGUGUUAAGGUGGCUAACCCCACAUCAAACCUUUGUCAGCAGCAGUAG